CCUUUGUAUAACCAGAUUAAUGGAUUCAUUUCCCACGUCGGCAGAACGUUGUCCUUCCAAUUGUUCCACAUGCCUCGCGCGCAUACUGGGUACAGGCUUAACUUCUGGUUGUGACCACAUGGUGGGGCUAAUGAAAUUUUGCUGUAAGAUCAUCAUUUCAUUAGCAGAAAAUUUUCGAUGAGUUCUCCGCAGCGGUGCUGCAUAUACUUGUUGGCCGCUUAAAUGUCCCGUGGAUGAUCAAAAAAAAAAUAUUAUCUUCUCACAAAGGGGUUAUCCCGGCACAUUCCGGCGUUGUUGUGUCAAGUCAUUCUUCCACGACGGACGGUUACUUUCAGGAACAUAGCUAAAGCGAAAUAGCGCUCUAGUACACCAGCAAAAGAAUCUCCCAAGUCAUGAGUGAAUUUACUGAAAACCCUUUUGCCUCAAGCCAUUCGCUUGACACGAAUCCCUUUGACGACCCAUCUUCAAAACAGGCUGCGCAACAGGACGCCAGUUUUGAGGAUAUUCGCAGACGAGAACGAGACUUAGAAAGACGUGAACGCGAACUAAACCAGAGAGCAGAGCAAAUUCGGACCCAUGGACGCAACAAUUGGCCACCCUUUUAUCCCCUUAUUUACCAUGCCAUCUCUGAAGAGAUUCCAGAGGCUUCAAGACCUUUGAUCACUCGCCUGUACCAGCUCUGGCUUGUCCUUUUGGCAACCCUAAUCAUAAACAUGGUGGCUUGCAUAUGUCUUCUAAUUGCUGGUUCAAGCGACGGCGGAAAGGACCUCGGUGGAAGUAUAGGGUACAUGUUCAUUAUCGCGCCUCUGUCGUUCUUGUUGUGGUAUAGGCCCAUAUAUAAUGGUUAUAUGAAGGAGCAAGCGCUUUACUACUACUUCUAUUUCUUCUUCGGUGGCUUUCACCUUCUCUUCAGCGUUUACAUGAUCAUCGGGAUUCCCAGUACAGGGUCUGCAGGACUAAUUCAGACGAUUCAGAUGUACGCGCAAGGCCACUGGGCUGCUGGUAUUCUUGGCACAAUCGCCACAGUUGGCUGGACGGUGCAAGGAUUAGGAAAUGCUUUCUAUUACCGUCAGAUAUGGAACCAUCACUCAGCUGCCGGACACACCAUGGACAAGGCUAAAGCGGAGCUGGCUUCUCAUGGCGCGAAGGCUUAUUUCACGCGAGGCUGAUUAUCAUGCUUCCUUCUCGAAUAGUACUUACCUGAUCAUGUGGCAAAUGGGUGCAUGUACUACUUACCUCUCCGAUCACGAACUCUUGUACAAAUCUGAGCUAUGAUCACUGCACAAUGGACGGUCUUGAUUGAUCGGAUCAAUGACACAAUUUGUGAAACAA